AUGGAUGUGGGCGUCGAUCUCGAGAUUGAUGAGAGCAAGCUGUGGGACCCAGCCAAGCGUCAAGCCUAUAUGGAUUCGCUGCCAGACAUGACGCUCUUUGAGGAUCAUGUGGUCGAGGGUGAUGAAAUGGCAGAGGCCAUUCAAGCGCUUAUCGAGGACGGCGAGACUGCCGAGAGUUUAGCAUUACAUUGGAAGAAUCAGGGUAAUGGUAUGUUUUCCGACGCCAAAAAGGCUCAUCGAGGCUACUUUCAAACUGCUAUCAAGUAUUACAAUGACGCGCUUGCUUACGCUUAUAAGGCGUUGGCAUUGCCGAAGGAGGAACGCGAUUUGUCGUACAACAUGAAGGAACUUACGUCGCAAAUCUUGUGUAACCGCGCGGCUGUGCAGCUUGAGUUAAAGAAUUAUGCUAGUUGUCGCUCUGAUGCUGCUAAGGCCAUCAAUUUUGAUCCGUCCAAUGUAAAGGCUUACUAUCGCGGCGCCAAAGCCUCUCGGUUGCUGCGCAAACCGGCUGAUACAUUACUAUAUUGUAAAGAAGGACUAAAACUGGACCCCCAGAAUAAGCUGCUGCUGGCGCUACAGGUGGAAGGACUCCAACUUGUUAAAGUGAUUCGAAUGGAGAAGAUGAAAUUUGAAAAAGAACGCAUGAAUCGCCGUGCCGCUACGGACAAAUACCGCAAGCUGUGUGCUGCUCGCGGUAUUCGUGUCGGCCGUGCUCUAGUGGAUGAUGAGCGCGUACGCCAGUACGAAGGAAAAGCUGAUUUGGACCCCAAAUGCGGCAGCAUGUACUGGCCUGUCCUCUUUCUGUAUGAUCAGCAUGGUACAUCGGACUUCGUGCAGUGUUUUGGCGAGCAAGAAGCAGUGAUUGAGCAUCUCGCUAACAUGUUUCCUGAGGAUGGGCCAUACGCUCAGUGGGACACGAAGAAGGAGUUUGUGGCAUCCAAACUGGUCGUUUAUGCUGCAGCAGAUAUGGUGUUACCGUACUCGACAUCGAAGGAGUGGCAUGUAGGUCUAAGCGGUGAAAAGGAGGAAGACGAUGAGGAGGUAAAGCGCAUACGGCUGGAGGAAAAGCACGAAGCGAAAACGCAAUACUGGAUUGAAGUGUCACCCUUUUGUACGCUACAGCAGCUACUUACAAAUGAGAAAUACGUAGUGCCUGGAAUCCCAGUGCUUAACGUCUUUGUGCGCGACUCAGAGGCGCUUAGCAACUUUCUUAAGCGUAUUGAACAGAAGGUUACAAAACUUGAUGCACAGCAAUAA